GCGGAGGCAAGCUCAGAGCGCACGGAGAGCGCGGUAGCGCGCGCGCGCGCGCGUUCUUAGUGCCCUCCCCGGUGACGUGCCUGGCCGGGGCCGCGCCAGGGCGCUGUUGCUGCCAAUACAGCUGUCAUGGCGUCCGAGGCGCUGGCUGCGGAGAACUGGCCGCGGUCUCCAUAGAGCUGGGGGCGGGCGGCCCGGUAUGGAGAGCAGCCCCGAGAGCCUGCAGCCGCUAGAACACGGGGUGGCGGCCGGGCCAGCGUCAGGGACAGGUUCUUCGCAGGAAGGGCUACAAGAGACCAGGCUUGCCGCUGGUGAUGGUCCUGGGGUAUGGGCGGCGGAGAGCAGCGGCGGGAAUGGGCUGGGGGCGGCGGCCGCCAGCAGGAGCCUCCCGGACUCGGCUUCUCCCGCGGGCUCUCCUGAGGUUCCCGGACCUUGCAGCUCCUCCCCGGGUUUGGACUUGAAGGAUAGUGGUGUGGAGAGUCCUGCUGCCGCCGAGGCGCCUCUGAGAGGGCAGUACAAGGUGACCGCCUCCCCGGAGACAGCCGUGGCCGGAGUGGGUCAUGAGUUGGGUCCCGCCGGAGACGCGGGAGACCGCCCGGAUCUCGCCGACACCUGCCAAGCAGAGCUGACGGCCGCCGGCUCCGAAGAGCCCAGCAGCGCCGGCGGCCUCAGCAGCAGUUGCAGCGACCCGACCCCUCCUGGGGAAUCGCCGAGCCUGGACUCUCUGGAGUCGUUCUCUAACCUGCAUUCUUUUCCCAGUAGCUGCGAGUUCAAUAGUGAGGAGGGAGCGGAGAACAGGGUCCCUGAGGAGGAGGAGGGCGCGGCGGUGUUGCCCGGGGCUGUUCCUCUGUGCAAGGGGGAGGAGGAGGAGGAGGAGACCGCUCAGGUGCUGGCGGCCUCCAAGGAACGCUUCCCGGGACAGUCUGUGUAUCACAUCAAGUGGAUCCAGUGGAAGGAAGAGAACACACCCAUAAUCACCCAGAAUGAGAACGGACCCUGCCCCUUGCUGGCCAUCCUCAAUGUUUUGCUCCUGGCCUGGAAGGUGAAACUUCCACCGAUGAUGGAAAUCAUAACUGCUGAGCAGCUGAUGGAAUAUUUAGGAGAUUACAUGCUUGAUGCAAAGCCAAAAGAAAUUUCAGAAAUUCAACGUUUAAAUUAUGAACAGAAUAUGAGUGAUGCCAUGGCAAUUCUGCACAAACUACAGACAGGCCUGGAUGUAAAUGUAAGAUUCACUGGUGUUCGAGUGUUUGAAUAUACACCAGAAUGCAUAGUAUUUGAUCUUCUUGAUAUUCCUUUGUACCAUGGGUGGUUAGUAGACCCUCAGAUUGAUGACAUCGUAAAAGCUGUUGGUAACUGCAGCUACAACCAACUAGUGGAGAAGAUCAUCUCUUGUAAACAGUCAGACAAUAGUGAGCUGGUUAGUGAAGGCUUUGUAGCUGAGCAGUUUCUAAAUAACACAGCCACUCAACUGACAUACCAUGGAUUAUGUGAACUAACUUCAACGGUUCAGGAAGGAGAACUUUGUGUGUUCUUUCGGAAUAAUCAUUUUAGCACCAUGACCAAAUACAAGGGUCAACUGUAUUUGUUGGUAACGGACCAGGGGUUUCUUACUGAAGAAAAAGUUGUUUGGGAAAGCCUACACAAUGUAGAUGGUGAUGGAAAUUUCUGUGACUCAGAAUUUCGUCUUCGGCCUCCUUCAGAUCCUGAAACUGUAUACAAAGGACAACAAGAUCAGAUAGAUCAGGAUUAUCUUAUGGCAUUAUCUCUACAACAAGAACAGCAGAGCCAAGAGAUCAAUUGGGAACAAAUCCCAGAAGGAAUCAGUGAUUUGGAACUAGCAAAGAAACUCCAAGAGGAAGAGGACAGACGGGCUUCUCAAUACUAUCAGGAACAGGAACAAGCAGCAGCUGUUGCUGCUGCUGCCUCUACACAGGCUCAGCAGGGCCAGCCAGCACAAGCCUCUCCAUCAAGUGGAAGACAAUCUGGGAAUAGUGAACGUAAACGGAAGGAACCGCGAGAAAAAGAUAAAGAAAAAGAAAAGGAAAAAAAUAGCUGUGUUAUUUUGUAACAAGUGUUGGCUUCUGUUGGAACCACCUAUAUGUCUUGAGAAACAAAACCACAGGAGGAAAGGAAGAAAACCCGAUCAAUACCGUCUGUGCCUGAUUUCCCAAUGGAUUUUGUUCAUGUUUUUUCAGGGGAAAGGUUGUUACUUAGUUACAAUCAGACUUUUUCAAGUCACACAAUACACUCUUUAUGAGCUGGAGUUUUGUGUUACAAGUUGGAAAUGCUGUGUGUUGUCAUUCAUGAAAAAUACUGCACUUGUAGCCAGAUAAGCAAAUCACAGCAAAUUUUGUGUCAUAGUGACAUUCAUAACUCAUAUCAGUUAGUAAGCUAUUAUAUCUUCUGUUCUAACAAUGAAUGGAGGUAAUUGAUUUAGUCUGAUUCCUUCCUGAAAUCUAAAUAUUAGCACAAUAGUUUCUGAAAUUUUACAAUGUUAAAUUAUGAUCUAAUCCAUGAGAAACCACGGGUUUAACAUAGGGAUUCAAAAAAAAACAAAAACAAACAAAAUAAUAGGUAUAAAUAACCCUUAAUUGUAUAUUGGACUAGUUCAGCCCUUAAACAGCUUUACCUUUAUUUAGGAAUGUACAUUUUAGGUAUUAUCUUGAGAAUUGAUCAUGGAGCUUAGAUUUAAUUUAGAUAGCAAAAAUAAAGAUUUGUAUUUCUUUUCCAAUAGCAAAAGGUUGCAUAACACUAAUACUUAUAACCUAUCAAUAUCAGAUAUUAAUGACUUUGUAGUGUUGUAAAAUUUUGAGGAAUUUUGGAGUCUUUAUCAUAGGUAACCUGGACCACAGUUACUAUUUAUUGGCAAUGUGAUUGAGUAUAUGGAGGAAAGCACAGUGGAUGCUAGGCCUUGUAAAUAUGGGAAUGUAGAAAAGCAGAUAGUUCAGUGUCUACCUUUUUCUAGUAUUACCUUGAACCUUAAAUCUUAAGUCAUGUUUAUUGCUAGAAAAUUAAAUGUACUUAUUAAAACCAAUGAAAAAGCACAUUUCUGAAAGGAAGUUAGAGAUAAUCUCUGUGUCUUGUGAAAAGACAUUAAUAAAAAUCUGAGAGGGCCGGGCACAGUGGCUCACACCUGUAAUCCCAACACUUUGGGAGGCCAAGGCGGGCGGAUCACCUGAGGUCAGGAGUUCACAACCAGCCUGACCAACAUGGUGAAACCCCAUCUCUACUAAAAAUACAAAAGAUCAGCCGGGCAUGGUGGCGGGCGCCUGUAGUCCCAGCUACUCAGGAGGCUGAGGCAGGAGAAUUGCUUGAACCCGACAGGCGGAGGUUGCAGUGGGCC